AUGAGUAACUCUCCAAUUGCCGUGCAUGAGGUUGGUUAUGCAUCUGAAUCUCCUCCAGGAGAAGCACAGCACUGUCUGAAGAAACAGAAAUUGGAUGAGGAAAAUCAGAACCAACAUAAAAAAGGCAAACUCAUACCCUAUUAUGAUCCGGAUGAAUUGACAGAAGAAGAGGCUCAGAGGUACGCCAAACAGGGCUUUGACGUUGAAAAAUUUGGGAAUAAGUGUCCGUUUGGGAUUAUUAUGCCAAUAGUGAACUUGCAUAAAGGUCCCGUGAUGCUUCAGGAAGUCGUCGUCUGUUCAAUCUUAGCCAUUGACACCUACAACAUUGUCGAUGGUACAAACUACCAAUUUACGGAAGUCAUCAAAGUCAACACAUAUGUGUGCUCAGGGUUGAUGUGUUUUAUCACUUUCAAAGCCCAGCAUGCUGCUGCUGAGGGAGAUGAUUCUCCUAAAAUAUUUCAAGCCCGGGUGCAUCGUGGGAUAACUGAAAACAAAGUCAAGUUAUGUAGGCUGAAACCCAACUAG